AUGCGGCAGAAAGGGCUUCGAGAUGGCUGUGGCUCAAAAGAGGAGAGCCAUGGAGUCAGAGUAGCUAGCCAUCUGGACACAAGCUGGGGUCUGAUCAGCCCUGGCUGGGUCACCUUGAGGAGGGUGUAUGAUGUUGAAAGACCUGAAACACCCGAUGAUUCCAGGAACAUCACUGAAGAUGUGUCCAGGGGCACCAGAAACUCAGCAGACAUGGAGUUUUCCGAGCAGCGAGAUAUGACUAAGCAGCUAGUCAACAAUCCAACCAGUGUUCACCCGUCACCUCUGCACGAAAGAACAGCUGGAGUUACAACAAACAAAACGGAGAACGUCCAACACCUACCUUCCGACGCGCAGUCUGCGCCGCCACCCCAUCCGGCCAACGAGAGAAAAACUUUUUGUUCUGUGGAAAAUAAGCCGGGAGAGGCAGAGGUCAGCAAAGCUUAUGGGACGUUUAAAAAUGCAGCUCCGGUUCCGGUUCCAAUUAAUUCUGCCCUCCGCAAGGAUUCCGCGGGAAACGCGAUGCCACGAACGGAUGUUUCUACAACUGUUCAUGGCACAUUAAUGUCUUCCCAUUGCACAGACGCGUUACCUAAUCACGGUGCAACCAGGAGCGCAAUGGAACAAAACAACGCUACGGGCAACUGGACCUCCGUGAGCCAGACCACAGUUAUACUGGGAACAGAUGGCAACACUUCUGUUCUGCCUGGCACGGCGACCGAGGAUGAUGACGAUGACGACCAAGGAGAUGAGAACAAAGCUAGGGGAAAUUGGUCAAAUAAACUGGAUUUCAUUCUUUCUAUGGUUGGGUACGCUGUUGGUUUGGGUAACGUGUGGAGGUUUCCAUACCUCGCCUUCCAAAAUGGAGGAGGUGCUUUUUUGAUACCAUACCUGAUAAUGUUAUGCCUCGCUGGCAUUCCUAUAUUCUUACUGGAAGUAUCUCUGGGCCAAUUCGCCAGCCAGGGGCCCGUAUCUGUAUGGAAAGCUAUUCCAGCUCUUCAAGGUUGCGGGAUUGCCAUGUUGAUUAUAUCUGUCUUAAUAGCCAUAUACUAUAAUAUUAUUAUGUGCUGGACAUUGUACUACCUGUUCGCUUCAUUGAAGCGCUCACUUCCAUGGGCUACCUGUCAGAAUUCGUGGAACACCCCGGACUGUAAGGACAAAGAUAUGCUCUUUUUAGAAUCCUGCAUACUGCGGGACAGGAACAUCACUACUGUGAGAAACACCACCCGCUGCUUGGCGGUGAAUGCCAUGGGGAAUCUGAGCAAAUUGGCCAACCUGACAUCAGACAACAAAAGUUACGUCAGCCCUAGUGAGGAGUACUUCAAGUACAAUGUGCUGCACAUUUCUAAAGGGAUUGAGUACCCAGGAGACAUCCGCUGGCCUCUGGCUCUGUGCUUAUUUCUAGCCUGGGUGAUAGUCUAUGCCUCUCUGGCAAAAGGAAUAAAGUCAUCCGGGAAGGUGGUAUAUUUCACAGCCACUUUCCCCUAUGUGGUGCUCAUCAUUCUAUUGGUCAGAGGGGUCACCCUGCCAGGGGCAGGAUCUGGCAUCCUGUACUUCAUAACACCCAAAUGGGAGAAACUCAAUGAUGCCAAGGUAUGGAAGGAUGCUGCUACUCAAAUAUUCUUCUCCCUGUCUGCUGCCUGGGGUGGACUCAUUACUCUGUCUUCCUACAACAAGUUUCACAAUAACUGCUACAGGGACACAAUCAUAGUGACGUGUACAAACAGUGCCACCAGCAUUUUUGCAGGCUUCGUCAUCUUUUCUGUGAUUGGCUUCAUGGCGCACGAGCUGAAAGUGCCCAUCGAGAAGGUUGCUGAUGAAGGACCAGGCAUUGCCUUUGUGGUGUACCCUGAGGCGCUGACCAGACUGCCUGUACCUCCCUUCUGGGCCAUCAUCUUUUUCCUCAUGCUGCUGACGCUUGGACUAGAUACCAUGUUUGCCACCAUCGAGACCAUUGUGACAUCAGUGUCGGACGAGUUCCCCAAAUACCUGCGCAAGCACAAGCCCAUCUUCACCCUGGUGUGCUGCAUCUCCUUCUUCGUGCUGGGCUUUCCCAUGAUCACAGAGAGUGGAAUGUACAUGCUUCAGUUGGUGGACACAUAUGCCGCCUCCUACUCUCUUGUCAUCAUUGCCAUUUUUGAGCUGGUGGGAGUCUCCUAUAUAUAUGGCUUGCAGAGGUUCUGUGAAGACAUCGAAAUGAUGAUUGGAUUCCAGCCGAACAAGUUUUGGAGGAUAUGCUGGGCUUUUGUGACGCCUACUAUUCUGACGUUCAUCUUGAGCUUGAGCUUAUACCAGUGGAAGGUGAUGACCUACGAGGAUUACACUUACCCGACCUGGUCCAUGGUCCUGGGCUGGCUAAUGGUGAUCUGCUCAGUCAUCUGGAUUCCCAUCAUGUUUGUGAUCAAAAUGCACCUGGCGCCCGGCACCUUCAUCGAGAGGCUGAAGCUGGUGUGCUCCCCUCAACCCGACUGGGGCCCCUUCCUGAUGAAGCACCGUGGGGAACGCUACAAGAACAUGAUCGACCCCCUGGGGACCAACUCAUUGGGACUCAAACUCCCGCCCAAGGAUUUCGAGCUGGGCUCCCAGUACCAGUAGCAGCCACCCAGUAUCAUAUGCAGAAACCCGGCGCGCCUACUCUCCCCUCUCUGUCCUCUCUC